AUGUCGCCGGAAAUUGGCCACCGCAGUCGGCGGAAUCCGGCCGGGUGGUCAAGAAUCUUCGUUUUCAUGUUCUUCGCUACCGUUUAUUAUGCCGCGAUCAUUGAUAUUACGCCGGUGCCGGGGCAGAGUAGCAGUAAUAACGCGACGGUGGGGGUGAACGUCGCCAACUUUCUCGACUUCAACAGAGCCGAUGUUGUCCGACAGGUGGAGCCGAGCUGCGUGGAAAUGGCGAUUUCCGAUCCCUACGGUUGGCAGCCGAACUACACCGCCCGCCUCCUGAUCAACACCAGGGAUUCCCGCAGAGUCGAGGUUGUUCAAGCCGCUGCUUCAGCACCAAAUAACGUGCAAGUCCAAGCAAUCCUGGGCCCAGAAACGUCAAUAGAGGCCAAUUGCAUGAUCGCAGUGCGAGAAAAAGCCCAAGUUCACAUCACUUCAUUCUCCGAAUCAAGCCCAACUGUCGCUUCCAUCGGCAGCCCAUACUUCUUCCGCGCCACUCAAAAUGACUCGACUCAAGCCACCGCCAUAGCCAAAUCCGUCGACCGGCAACAAAGCAUCCCGAUCGACAACGCCUUCGGCCAAUGCAUUGUCCCUUCCUUAGUCGACAGCAUCGAAGCCGUCGACGCCUGCGUCCCUUACCGUAGCUCCAUUUUCCACUCGUCUAAUGAGGUUGUGAAUGUACAUGGGAACGGAGCUAGAGUUGCUGCGUUUUGGACAUCUGGCGAGAUGCUGGUUAAAGAACUGAUGAACUCGUCGACGUGGGUAACAAGCUCGCCGUUGAGGGAAAUCCUGGGGCCGAUGAUAUGGCCGGGGGAUCGGGCAAUGGCUCCGAAAGAGUCCGGGAUCACGACGAGAGGGAAGAAGCUGAGGAUCGGCGUCCCCAUGAGAGACGGAUUCAGCGAGUUUGUUUCUGUGACUACAGAUCCCGAAACCAACAAGACGAGCGUGACUGGCUACUCCAUUGAUGUCUUCGAAGCCGUCGUCCUGGCGCUGCCCUAUGCGCUUCCCUUUGAGUAUGUGCCUUUCGCCGGGACUUACGGCGACCUUGUCUAUCAGAACUUCGACGCGGUGGUCGGAGAUAUCACCAUCAUCGCCGAUAGGUCAAAGUACGUCGACUUCGCGCUGCCGUACACAGAAUCAGGAGUGUCGAUGGUGGUGCCGGCGAAGCCAAAUGGAAGCAAGAAUCCGUGGUUGUUCUUGAAGCCACUGACGUGGAAUGUUUGGGUCACCGUGUUCUUCCUCUUCCUCUUUAUUGGGUUCGUGGUGUGGGUAUUCGAGCACAGGAUGAUCAGUAAGGAUUUCAGAGGGCCGCCUUCACACAAAGCUGGCAUCUGGUUCUCCUUCUCCGCCAUGGUCUUCGCUCACAGAGAAAACGUGGCGAGCAACCUGGCGAGGACGGUGGUGAUAAUGUGGUGCUUUGUGGUGCUGAUCAUGACGAUGAGCUACACCGCCAGCUUCACGAACCUCCAAACUAUGCAAAGGCUGCAGCCAACGACGGCGGCAGACAUGAACGAGCUGCUGAGGAAGGGGGAAUUUGUUGGGUACCAGGACGGAUCGUUUGUGCGCGACCUGCUGAAACAAUUGGGGUUCCGAGAUGACAGGCUCGUCCCUUACCAUAACUUGGACGAAUGUGACUCGCUUUUCGGCCAGGGGAAAAUUGCAGCGGCCUUCGAUGAAGUUCCAUACAUGAAGCUGUUCCUGGCCAAGCACAGUCCCAAGUACACAAUGAUCAACCCGACUUAUAAAACUGGCGGCUUUGGCUUUGUCUUCCCCAAAGGCUCCCCACUAGUUCCAGACAUUUCAAGAGCAGUCCUGAACGUAGCUGAGGGAGAUAAGAUGGCCAAAAUAGAAGAAGCAAGAAAUGGGAAGAAGAGGAGGAGGUGGCUGGAGGAAUAUAGUACCUCGGUUUCUUCAGAGAACCAGCUUGGGCUAGAAAGCUUCUGGUGCCUGUUUCUGAUCGCUGGAGUAGUGGCUACAGUUUCAGCACUCUGUAUUUUUGCCGCCGUGUCCAUUUACAAGCAUAGGAAGCUUCCGGUGCCGGCCGAAGAAGACGAUUCGCAAUCAAACCCUUCCUUCUGGAGAAGAAUUCUGAAUCCGUUCACGAUCUGCUACAAGAUAAAUCCCACGUGCCAUACUUCCAGGGACGACAGGGUUGGUACUGAAGUUCAUCUUGCCAACAUGAAUGCGAUGACUCCCUCCGCGUUUUCUGUUCGCAUGGACUUUUCCAUGGAUUCUCCUCAAUCGCCUACUCCGCUGAUAGAAUCUCUGUGGAUUCAACCCACAAACCUACUACGCUGAUAGAAGCUUCGUCGGAGUUGCAUGACAACACGGUAGCUUAGACAGGUGCGAUGAACAUAGAUUCGCAUCCGAAUUCCAAUAGAAGCACACAUUGCUGAUGCUAACACUAAUGAUGAAAUUAUGAGACACCAAGAAAGAUC